AUGUUGCAACUCUUGUUCAGGUUGUACAGAGCACAGGCUCCAUAUAAUGAGUACCCACAGUUGCUGGGCUUACUUUUAAAAUUGUUGAAUGGUGAGCUAGCAUGGUCUACAAGGCGGGAAGUUCUUAAGGUUCUUGGAAUAAUGGGUGCUUUGGAUCCUCAUGUUCAUAAGCGCAAUCAACAAAGCUUACAAGGACCUCUUGGUGAUGGGACUCGUACAACCAAUGAUGCGGGCCUACAUAUCCAGUCUAGUGAUGAGUUGCCAAUGGAUCUUUGGCCAUCGUUUGCAACAUCAGAAGCUUAUUUCUCCACUGUUGCUAUCAAUUAUUUAGUUCGGAUACUUAGAGACCCUUCUCUUUCUAGUUAUCAUCAAAAAGUCGUUGGAUCUCUCAUGCUUAUUUUCAAGUCAAUGGGUCUUGGCUGUGUGCCUUACUUGCCAAAAGUUUUACCAGACUUCUUUUACACUAUUCGUACGUGUGAAGAUACUCUCAAGGAGUUCAUAACUUGGAAGCUUGGAACUCUUGUUUCAAUUGUGCCCCAGAAUUAUGGUCAUCAUUCAGUCUCCCAACAGCUAAUCGUCCUGUUCAUGGACCCCUGGAGAUAUCUUCCUAUAAUUCUUCAAUGUUGUAUUCAAGUUCUGAGUGAUGCUGAAAGGUGUAAUGAUUACACUUAUGUCCGUGAUAUUCUCCGCACCUUGGAAGUUUUUGGUGGAACAUUGGAUGGACAUAUGCAUCUACUUCUUCCUUCCCUCAUACGAUUAUUUAAAGUGGAUGCUUUUGUUGACAUAAGGCGUGCUCCUAUAAAAACCUUGAUAAGAUUAAUCCCUCAUGUUCAGGUUAAUGAUGCUAGAUUACGUGCUGCUAGAGAAGCUUCUCAACGUAGCAGUAAAGAAGAUUGGGCAGAGUGGAUGAGAAAUUUCAGCCUUGAAUUACUUAAGGAGUCACCUUCUCCAGCUCUAAGAACAUGUGCCAGGCUGGCACAGUUACAGCCAUUUGUUGGACGAGAUCUGUUUACAGCAGGAUUUGUUAGCUAUUGGUCACAAAUCCAUGAGUCUAGACAACUUCUUUAG